CUAUCCCUUUUUUUUAUUAAUUACAAUGAAAAGGGAUGAAGUGCCCCUGCAAGCUUGGCACGUUGAAACAACUGAUGAUGUUGCCAAACAUUUAGAUACAGAUUUAGACAAUGGUUUAACAUCAGAAGAAGCUUCAAAGAGACACACGAUUUAUGGAUACAAUGAACUCUCGGCAGAUGGUGGACCUAAAUGGAUCAAGGUCCUGAUGGGUCAAUUCAUGGAUGCAAUGAACUGGAUCUUUAUUGCACUUGCCAUUGUUUGUUAUGUCUUGGGCGAUUAUAUCACUGGAUCAUUGCUUUUGUUUAUUGCUGUAUUGAAUAUCUACCUGGGAUUCUCACAAGAGUAUGCUGCCGAACAGACAUUGGCUGCUUUGCGCAACCUGUCCUCACCGAUGACAAAUGUUAUACGUGACGGCGUGGAAAAAUCCAUUGCAAGUCGUGAGAUUGUGCCCGGUGACAUUCUUCUCGUUAAAGAAGGUGAUUCUGUUGGUGCUGAUGCUCGUCUUGUAUAUAUUUCCAACUUGGAAGUCGAUGAAGCCCUGUUGACAGGUGAAUCAGUGCCUGUUUCUAAGCAAUUGGUUGUGCUAGAAAAACAAGAUGAACCUCUUGGCGAUCGAGUCAACAUGAUCUAUUCUUCUACAAUUGUUUCCAAAGGUCGAGGCAAGGCAAUUGUGACCGCUACGGGCAUGCAUACAGAAAUCGGUAAGGUUGCAAAAAAGUUGAAUGACUCAGGCGACAACGAUAGAACACGUCUUCAGAAAAGUUUGGAUAAAAUGUACCUCAUGCUACUUGCAGCUGCAAUCAUCUGUGUUAUCGUCGUUUUGGCAUCCGUAAAAUUUAAAGCAGAUUACGAUACUGGAAUGUAUGCGAUGACAGCUGCCCUUUCUGUCCUACCAGCUGGAUUAACCACCGUGAUGACAGUAACCCUAGUGCUCGGAGGAAAAGAGAUGACACGGCAAAAGGCGAUUGUUCGAAAAUUAAAGUGUUUAGAAACCUUGGGUUCGGUCACCAACAUUUUCUCUGACAAGACUGGAACACUGACGAUGGCAAAAAUGGUCGUCGUACGCUUCUGGACUCCAUUAGAAGGCUUUUUUUAUGUGACGCCUAAUGGUUUGGCUCCUGUCGGCGAUGUAUACCAAACAUUCGAAGAACUUCCUGACAAAAUCGGCGACGACAAGAAUGCGGUCCGUGUCGAUAGAGAUUCACUCUCAUCUGAAACAUUGCAGCUCGUAAGAUGUGCAGCACUUUGCAACGUGUCCAGUAUCUACCGCCGAGAACAAGAUGAUGAAAGUGAAAAAACAACGGAUGAGAGCGCCGAUUCAGAUGAUUGGAUCGCAAGCGGCGCACCUACCGAAGUGGCUCUUCAAGUCUUUGCUCACAAGUUUGGUAUGGGAAAACCUGAUUUGAGCAGCAAUGGCUGGGAACUCCUUGCAGAAUAUCAGUUUGACUCAACUAUCAAGCGCAUGUCAACGGUGUGUGUUGACAGAAACAGUGGCGUAGUCUAUGUAUUUACCAAAGGAGCAGCCGAACGUGUGAUCGAACUAUGUUCUAACGUACCAAUCGAAGUGGACAAGUCACGUAUCUUGGACACAGUCUAUACUUUAGCUACAAAGGGUCUUCGAGUAAUGGCCAUGGCAUACCGCAAGCUGGAUAUUCCUUCCGAUAUUACUGCUGAAGAAUUACAAAAGAUGCACCGUGAAGAUGUGGAGCGUGACCUUGUCUUUGUUGGGUUAACUGGUAUUUAUGAUCCACCUCGUGACGAAUCACGCCAGGCUGUUCGAGAAGCGCAUCAAGCUGGUAUCUCUGUUCAUAUGUUGACUGGUGAUCAUGAAGCUACUGCAACUGCUAUUGCCAAAGAAAUUGAUAUCCUGAACCAAAAAAUGAGCCCCGAAGCAAUCAAGUCUUUAGUAAUGACUGGUACUGCGUUUGACGCUCUGUCUGAUGAAGAGAUCGAUGCACUUCCCAAGCUACCUCUUGUCGUCGCACGUUGCUCUCCUGAAACCAAGGUCAAAAUGAUCCAAGCGUCUGCGCGUCGCAACAACAUCUCUGCCAUGACAGGUGAUGGUGUCAAUGACUCUCCCUCGCUUCGUAUUGCGGAUGUAGGCAUUGCCAUGGGCAAGAACGGUAGUGACGUAGCGAAGCAAGCCUCUGAUAUAAUUUUGACCGACGAUAACUUUGCAACCAUCAUUCGUGCUAUUGCUGAAGGCCGUCGCAUCUAUCAAAAUAUGCAACGUUUCCUCCUCUACUAUUGGAUUUGUUUACUUGGUAUGGCUCUUGUCGUCCUUGUGUGCUUGGCUGUUCGAGAUCCUGCUGGUAGAAGUGCUGCGCCUUUGUCUACUCUUCAAAUGAUAUUUAUGUAUGUUUCCAUCACUCCACCAGCCGGUUUACUCAGUAUACUGCCUCCAUCCAAGACAGUCAUGCAGGAGCCUCCACGUCCACCAACUGAAAGCAUAUUCAAUCGAGAAAUUAUUAUCGAUACAUUCGUUUACUCUAUUGGUUUCUGUAUUGUCUGUAUGAUUGCUUACUUUGUCCCUCUUUACGUUGUCGGCAACGGUAUUGGUGGAGUGAAUUGUGAUUCAAAUUAUGUAGCAGGCGCCUGCGAUUCAUUUUUCAGAGCACGUGCUUCACUCUUGGUAACUGUGACAUUUGUAAGUAUGGUAGUUAUGGUCCACUGUCGAAGUUAUCGUGAACCCCAAUGGAAUCUGGCCGGCGUCAAGGAAACAUUCAAGUCUCGUACGAUCAUUGGCACAUUCUUUUUCAACAUCAUCUGUCUUUGUAUUUUUAUGUACGUUCCUAAAGUGGCUAUCGAGGGCUUCCGUAUGCUUGGAACUACUUGGGAAUGGGGUCUGGACGUUGGCUUGGUCUUGGCCAUGAUUAUCUAUGGUGAAGUCUUUAAAUUACUGAAGCGCAAGCUCAUGAAACCUUUGGAAAACACUCUGGUAGAAGACGAGUAAAAUCAUACGCGAACCAUCUUAGACCGUUGUGAUACAUUAUCACUAAAACAGUAACAUAGCUCUCAAUGUACAGACAUAUAAUAGACUUUAGUACGAGUACUAUCAACCUAUAUUUUGUUAAUUUAUUUUCUUUAUACAAACAUUAUUAAUAAAAUUAAUCAACUUGACACAC